CAAGUUGGGAAGACGCGCGGGGCGGGGCAGGGUGUGUGUGGGGGAGGGCGCCGACAGCACGACGGUCGCCCUGGGGUAUUCCACCGCGUCUAGGUUCCCGGGUCCGCCGCUCCUGCCUCUGGCCUGCACCUCCACCAGGUGCACUGGGGCCAGGUAGGCCCUAGCAAGGUGCCUCUGGACGCCCCAGGCUGGGGCCGCUUGUGAGUGUCCCGCUGGGGCCAUGGAUAUGGAAACUGCAGAGGAGCAGGGGGGUCCCGUACCCUCCACAGUUGCACACGGUGGACCAGGCUCGAGCAGUGCUCCAGCUGUAGGGGGACAGCGGGAUCCCAAGAAGUACGCGGUGACAGAUGACUACCAGUUGUCCAAACAGGUGCUGGGCCUGGGUGUGAACGGCAAGGUGCUGGAGUGCUUUCAUCGGCGCACUGGGCAGAAGUGUGCCCUGAAGCUCCUGUAUGACAGCCCCAAGGCUCGGCAGGAGGUGGACCACCAUUGGCAGGCCUCUGGCGGUCCCCACAUUGUACGCAUCCUGGACGUGUAUGAGAACAUGCAUCAUGGCAGGCGCUGUCUCCUCAUUGUCAUGGAAUGCAUGGAAGGUGGUGAGUUGUUCAGCAGGAUUCAGGAGCGUGGCGACCAGGCUUUCACUGAGAGAGAGGCUGCAGAGAUCAUGCGGGAUAUUGGCACUGCCAUUCAGUUCCUGCAUAGCAAGAAUAUCGCCCACCGAGAUGUCAAGCCUGAAAACCUGCUCUACACAUCCAAGGAGAAAGAUGCAGUACUUAAGCUCACUGACUUUGGCUUUGCCAAGGAGACCACCCAAAAUGCCCUGCGGACACCCUGCUACACUCCCUAUUAUGUAGCUCCUGAGGUCCUGGGUCCAGAGAAGUAUGACAAAUCAUGUGACAUGUGGUCCCUGGGCGUCAUAAUGUACAUCCUCCUGUGUGGCUUCCCACCCUUCUACUCCAACACAGGCCAGGCCAUCUCUCCAGGGAUGAAGAGGAGGAUCCGCCUGGGCCAGUAUGGCUUCCCUAAUCCUGAGUGGUCAGAGGUCUCUGAAGAUGCUAAGCAGCUGAUCCGCUGCCUGCUGAAAACGGACCCCACAGAGAGACUGACUAUCACACAGUUCAUGAACCACCCUUGGAUCAAUCAAUCAAUGGUGGUGCCACAGACCCCACUCCACACAGCUCGUGUUCUACAGGAGGACAAAGACCACUGGGAUGAAGUCAAGGAGGAGAUGACCAGUGCUUUGGCUACCAUGAGGGUGGACUAUGACCAGGUGAAGAUCAAGGACCUGAAGACCUCUAACAACCGGCUCCUCAACAAGCGGAGAAAAAAGCAGGCAGGCAGCUCCUCAGCCUCACAGGGGUGCAACAACCAGUAGCUCAUGGGGCCGUGGAGAAGCCAGGCCCCUCAGCCUGGGUGACAGAUUUGAACGUGCUGAGGCCAUAGUCAGGAGGGCCCAGGGUCAUUUUUAUAACAAAAGGAUUAUUUUUUGUGUGUUUUAA